UAAUAAUGUUGUUUGACUCUCACCGUUACCGUGCGAUGUCCUGUUCAGUUCCACGCGAUCGGCAAUCGCGCGUAAACGGUUGGUAUACUUAAUAAUAUCGUAUUUUAAUCGCAUUGAAAUUUCGAAAUUUCAAUAGUCGUCAACUAUUUUUCAUCUGAAAACAGUGUAUGAUUUUUUUUGUUCUGGACAGCGUAUUAUGUUUUGAUUUUUAAACGACUACGAGAGGUGAGGCAUUCGUAAUUUUAUACCAUAUCAUAAUCAAACUAAUUCUAAAAGUAUUAAUACUUCGUAACUAAAUCUAACUAGUACGCGUGAACCAUUAAACCUUUUAAGUUGACGUUAUUUAUUUAUUAUUUCUUAUGCUUUAUUUAAGCGUUAUAUUUUCAUUUGUUCAUCCCUACUCCAAAUACCAAAAAUUAUUAUACAUUUUUGAUUUUCAAAUAGAAAACUUUCCCCUUCUAUUGAAAUAUUCAGACUAGCACAGGGAAUUUUUUUCUAAAUAUGUUAAUAACCUGCGUAACACUUAUAUUGGAUUUAUCGUUUAUGUGUUAUAAUAGUUAAAUAUUUAGAUCGGAAUAUGAGGGAAGAGUUAUCAAUUUAUUGUCUAAAAAUGUUUAUGAUGUUUGUCACGCUUCCAAUGACGAAGAAUGAAAUAAAUCUGAAACUGAUAACUUUCACCUAUGGAAUAGUAUAUGAUUAAUUAAAAUCGAUUAUGCUCCAGUAUCAAUUUUACCCCGUGUUCCCCUUUAUACAUAAAUAUAAAUCAUUAUUAUUAUUACUAUUAUUAUUAUUAUUAUUACUUAUAAAAUUAUUAAUUUAUUAUUUAUAACUAGCUGAUCUUGCAAGGCGUUGCACGUGAUGAAUUCAACGCCCAUGGAUUUACCUCCUUUGAAACUCUAUUAAAAGUCAGCACUAAGCUACACAUAUUUUUAAUACAGUUAUUUGGAUUGUUUUGAUCAAAUAUAAAACAUAGCGGAUAACCGGCGUGUUCUACUACGCUAAAAAAAGAAAUAUAUUUUGUUUAUUUAUUAACUUUUUUAAUUAUAGCCAUUUUAAAUUUGCAAUGUUCAAUUUCCAUCCAAUUUGCAAGUAAAUUUUUAUCGCUCUUGUUAUUUAUUUUAUUUUAUUUGUAUCACCAAGAUAAUCAAUAAACCAACAUAAAUAAUUCGAUUUUCGUAUCUAAAAUACCAAUAACUCCGCGUGAAUUCCUCUUCAAAGUUGUAAUUUCGAAAUAAAAAUCAGCUAUAAACCUUUCUCGAGAAUUGCAGAUUAUAUCGGUGAAAACCGCAUCACAAUCGGUCCAGUCGAUUUUGAGUUUAUAACGGAACUUCCAAACAUUUUUUAUUUUUUAUUUACCAGGUGAUUCAUUUAACAGUGGGUACACUAAUUAUCUCGGAAAGUAUUAACGUUUUCCGAAAUUUGUUUUCUAGAACAUUUAAUAAACGAGCUGCUCUUUACUUUUAGAGGUAAAACCACUAUUUACUUUUGAUUUUUAAAUGGCAACCUAUAAUAAACAUUAAAUAAAUAGAUGGAAUGUUAGUUAAAAUAAAUUUAAGUAUUGAAAUUUUUGAUUUCUGUCAAGCUGUUGACGAGAUAUUCCAUUUUUAAAUUUAGGUUGGAGGAGAGUAGUGGUGCAUAAAUAACACGCCGCGCACCGUACUGCCGUAUAAAUGAUAUUGGUGGUGGACGCUACCGUCGUUGUCUACUGGUGGCACGUCGUCCGUACCAGGACACGUUUUCCCUUUGGCCCAUAAACACGUAUUAUCCGUUGUUGGAUGGGAAUGUCGUCGGUUUACCACAAUCGUAUUAAUGGUCCUUACGUGCGUUCACUUAGUGCGACGACCGAUUUCAUAUUAAGUCACGUGGAAUUGUUAAUUUAUAACUAACAAACUUAAACACGCGAAGGUCAGAUUCCUCAACAUCUUAUAGAAUUUUGUAACAUUGGCCAUUUAUUUAACAUUUAGCCUUCUAUUACUAACUGAAGUUUACUUAAAGAUGGUAAAUAUUUAUAAUGAGACAGUUUUGUACCUUUAUUUUAAGUACUAUGUGUUUGUAAGCACUAAUUUUCUCCUAGUAGAUUUCACAACGAUAAUAAGAGAGUUUAGUAUAACAGUGGCUGCGUUGUGUACACCAGAAUAGACAUAGAUCAUUUUAUCAUAGGUACAGGUAAAGAAAUAAAAUUGUCUACUACGUCCUUUAUUGAAAUAAUGAUCUAGGUAUUUCAAAUUGUUCAAAAUAAUAUCUAUAAUAAAGACUAAAUAUUUUGUUUCAUCAAAUGUAUGGUCAUUUGAUGAAAAAAUUCAUAAGCUAUCAAAUUUUAGUAUCCAUUUCGUGAAAAGAUGAAAUUAAUGACAUGUUUAAAUAUGUUACUAGUGAAAAAAAAAAUGGUCUCCAAUUUAUGAACUGAAUGAACAUGCACAGUGUAAUCGAGUAAAUUGAGUGGAUAUAAUAUAUGUAUUAUCCUAUACAUUUUAAACUUCUUAUGUAUUUUUUGCCCCUCGGUUAAUCGAAUCUGUGUUAACAUUUCUAUUUGCAGCUACCUCUCUGCUGUCAUCGUUUAUUGUAGAUAAAUAUACAUACAUUACAUAGGAAAUGUACUAUAUGGGAUAUGCAGGAUUUGUAAAAAUUAUAAUAUCUAUAAAUAGCUCAAAAAUGGCUAAAAUGUUUUGAAUUUCGCCACGUUUAGAAAAACAAACAUAAUUUUUCUGUUCAAAUUUCAAAUCUCUACCAAUAUUUUUCACUGAAUCAUAAUAUACGAAAAAAUUGAAAAUAAUACAUUUCAUACAUUUUUCCAUUUUUCUACGUUUUUUCUCAGUUGUCCCGAUAAUUAUGAAAACCGCUUAGAAAAUCAAAAAAAUGACUAGAUACCAAUAAGAAAAAAUUUUCUUUUAGAAAAGGUCCUAUACUUGCUACAUAAAAACAAUAUUUCUGGUAGAAAAGUUGUUUACAGAUAAAAAAUAAGUAAAUAAACAGUAUUGUAAAACCAAUAUAUUCCAUUCUAUACUCAUAACCUAAAACUACUACAUUAUUUGAUAGUGGAUUUAAUGUGAUUUUAAACGUUUUGUUUACACAAAUCUCGAAAAAUAUACAAUGGAAUAAUACUAUUACCAUAUUCAAAUCAAUUUUGCACUUGUAGUAAAUUAUAAUAUUAUGUAUAGCAGUAUAGAAAAAUCGUUUACGCAAUAAGGUAUGAUGAGCGCGUGGUUAUCAAUAAUUGAGUGGUCCAAUAUGUAUAAAUAUUUGUUACUGGAUAAUUUAUGGUUAAUUACCUACCAAUAUUUAUGUAGAUUAUUUAACCGUAUUAAUAGGUAACCGACAAAUUCACUUACGUUACAAAUCAGCUUUACCCAGUGAAUGGCUGAUUAAUAAUAAUUCCAAAACAAACGUAUGGGCAAAAUAUAAGUUGUUACACACUAAAAAAUACUAUAAAGGUGGAUCUGAGGUAAAUAACGGGGGAGGGAAACUUAAAAGUUUUAUUAUUAUUUGAAAAUUCAUAUAAGCCACAAAAGUCACAUUUAUAUCGUGUUCAAUGAUGAAUGAAGCCAAGAGUAUAUUAUUUGAUCUAAGACUUUGUGGAAAGUGAACGGUCGCCCCCAACGCCCCCUUCCUUGGAUUCGCCAUUGAAAUACUCUGCAAUGUUCUUUUGUUUUUGUUAUACACUAUAGUAAAGUGUAAAUCUUAACUAAAUCAUGUCGUUUAGUACAGUACUUGUAUAAAUACUGUCUAAUAAGUGUGAUGAUUGAUGACUUUAACGACUUGGUUAUCAACUUGGUAGUUUUUUUCACAACUCAUUGCAUAUACAAUAGGUAUUGUAUUCUUAUAGACUUUUUGAAAAUAGUAUUAUCUUCUGCCACGAGGAUAAAAUAUAAAUUUAAGUUCGUCUUUAAAAAAUAAAUUACCAAAGUAAUAAUAAUAAAAAUAAUAGUAAUCGUUCGAACGAUGUGUUCAUCGAAGGGGCGAGGAACACAUUAAACAUCGCCUCAGAAGGAAAGAGGAAGCCGAAAGACGAAGAUACGUGCUAUUGAGGGUGAUACGAGGAUAGUCAGAUCCGCGGAAGACUGAUUUAAAUGCUGUUCGAGGAAGAUUAAUAAAAUUGUAUUAUUUUCGAUAUAAAAAGACAUUCAUAACUUUUCAAAACAUUUUUAUUGAGUGAAACCUUGUACAUAUACUAGAUAACUAAUGUAUUAUUCGACUGACCGUGAACCACGAUGUGCAUAUUAUUUUAAUGUACUCGUCAAAUCGAUUAGCUAAGAAUAUAAUAUAAACUAUUAUUAUAAUACUAUGAUAUUGUGAACGCGUACAGUAAUAAUAAUAUGCGUGUCCAUUAUAGCUUAUCGUUUAACGACAAAGGGCUAAAUUUAUUUUAUUAUUAUUCAUUACAAAUUAUUACAUAAUUGUUUAAAAUAAUAUUUUUAAACCGUAAAUCAGGUUUUGUAGGUAUUGAAAAAAAUGGCGAAUUUAAAAACGAAUGACGACGAAGAGCUAGAAAAACUCGAAAAUCACUCGGAUGAUGCAUCGAAUCUGCCUGGCAAAUCGAACCUAAAAGGAGAUUGGUUAAAUUUUUUCCUGUUAUUAUUGCUGUACACGAUACAAGGGUUGCCAUUGGGCUUUGCCGUCGCUUUGCCGAUUAUUUUCCAAAGUAAAAGAGUGGUGUCCUAUCGAGAACAAGUGAGUUUGUGUAUUUGAUAAAAACUAAAUAUGUUUAAUGUUUUAAACAUUUCAUCUAAAACACAAACCGAAAACACAAUAAUUUAUGAAAUGUAGAAGAAAUCGUUUAGAAAGUAAAAAAAAAAAAAAACGUGUAGCGCCAUAUUACAAAUGAUAAUAAUCUGUAUGAAUAAAAUAACUAUUACAAAAUGAUUCGCAAGUUUUUCGAAAUUUUUAGAUAUUUAUCCAAUACAAUUCUAAAGAUCUAAAUAACACAGUAGGGGGUUUUUAAUGAAAUAUUUAAUAUUAUAGAUUUGUGUAUGUGAUAUUGCAUUGUGUCUGUCAGUGAUUUUAUAAUCUUACAGAUGAUACGAAUAAGUGAAUUCAUCUAAUUCAUGACAUUUGUUUGGAUGACCAGGUUAAAAAUUCAGUCUAAAUUCCAAGUGUAAUAAUCUAUCAAAUUUAUUAUAAUUAUUUUUUUUUUAAUUUAGGCAUUUUUUAGCUUAGUCUCGUGGCCAUAUAGCGCAAAACUGUUAUGGGCGCCGAUAGUAGACUCACUAUAUGUACGGAGGAUAGGCAGACGAAAAUCUUGGCUCAUACCCGUUCAAUUAUUAAUGGGUAUGUAAAUUAUUUAAUUCCAGUCUUCACUGAUUUGAUAUGGUUACGGUACAUUGAUAUAGUACAAAUGUGAAUUCUGAUCGGUUUUAAAUUUAUUAUUUUGUACGUUUUUACAGGCGCUUUUUUGUUUUACACGGCUACCAAAAUCGACGAAUGGUUGCCUGAGUCUGAAAAACCCAAUCUCAAGGCUUUAGUGUACGCGUUCUCCGUCAUCACUUUUCUGGCGGCCACGCAAGACAUAGUAGUCGACGGUUGGGCACUGACAAUGCUUAAACAGUAAGUGAUUUCGGUUUGUACGUCUUCGUUCACCAACAUGCGCAUUCUGAGGUUUUAGAUGGAAUGAUUCAGUAUAGAUAAAAAAAGAUCAAAAUAUAGAUUUAUUGAGCAUAUUUUGUUUGUGCAUUCAAACAUACUCGCCUAACGAUUCUGAACGAAUAUAGCCAAUUACGUCAUCAUGUCUGUAUAAUAAUAUAGUGUAAACGUUUCCCCCGCCAAUCGGUUUUAACUUUUUACUACGAAUUUGAAUAAAAGUUAUUAUUUUCAAAGUUUUGAACAAUAGCGCGUAGCUAUAAGCAGUCUCCUUGUAUAAAUCUCUAAAUAUUUAGUACUAAAAAAGAAAGAAAAAAUAUUCGUGUGAAGACAUUAUUUUUCAUUUGAGAAUUUUACGUAGGUAUAGGUACUAGGCAGCCUAAAAUUAUAUAAAAUACAUAUAUUUUUUGUAGAUUAAAAUUGUGAACGCAAUAAUACAAAAAAAUUAUUAGAACACAUUAGCCAUCAGGUGCAUUUUAUUAGAAUUGUUCAUCCAAUUUCGUUAACAUUUAGGACUGAAUAUGUGGUCUUCAGUUUGGAAUAUUUUAAUUUACCAAAUAUCACAUUUAUAAUUUAAUAUUUUAAUAAAAUUAUUAUUUUUAUUGUACUGUAGAAACAACGUAGGUCAUUCCUCUACAUGCAACGGAACUGGUUUAGCAUUAGGUGUGCUCAUCGGUAUGGUUGGCCCGGUUCUGCUCACGUCCGAAGACUUUUGCAAUAAAUACUUGAGGUUCACAGAUGACACAGGAGGGAUAAUUACUAUUAAAAGUACGUUAACAUUAUUGCAGGUGAAGUGUGACUAAUAUGUAUUUAUUAUUUUAUUCCGACGUGUUAGUCGAUAGUCGACAACUACAAGUUUACUUCAAAAAGUCAUAAAUGCGCUUUUUCUUGUCUAUAUAGGUUUUUUAUACUUUUGGAGUAUAGCGUUUAUACUGAUAACGAUACUAAUCGUUACAUUCAAAAAAGAAAACGACUUCGAUGAAUCAGAAACAAAAAUCAACAUAUUUCAAAACUAUAAACUGUUGUGGCAAAUUUUAAGGUUACAGAACGUUCGUGUAUUGGUGGUAGCCCUGUUAACAAUGAAGGUAAAUAUCAGUACUAUUACGAUGACGUUAUACCCACAUAUACUAUCGCAGUCCAAUCAACGGGCAAUAUGGAAAAAUCUACUUUACGCAGACUGCGUAGAACUCACUUAAUUUUGAUGUUAGGGUAAAAACACCUAUUAUAAGGAAAUUAUUCCGGAGAGCAAGACGGUGCGCUUCUUUUUUUAAAUUAAAUUUUCGUAAUAUUAAAACCAUUUAAAAAUGAUUAUUUGGUCUUUAUUUCUAAACAAUGUAUUGAACGUAAUAAUCGGAAUAAUAAUUAGAAUAAUGGGAAAAACGCAUCGUCCUUGCCCUUCGGAAUAUUGUUCUCUUUUAACUUUAUAAUAAACGAUUUUAAUCGAAAACCAAAAUUAAGCGAAUCUGCGUAAGGUCGAUUUUGCCAUAUUGUCCGUAAGUUGAACUAAGACAGCGCGUGCGGGUCCUCUUGAGUACAUCGCACGAUUAAUUUAAAUGAAAUAAAAUAAUAAUAAUAAUUUAGCAUUAAAAUUGACAUUAUUAUUCUUUUAUGUUAUAGAUUGGGUUUUCGGCAACCGACGCAGUUUCGCAUUUGAAACUUAUCGAUGCCGGCAUAUCUAAAAAUAACAUAAUGUUAAUACAAAUAUCAAUGUAUGUGGUCAAAUUCAUUAUACCACUCGUUGUGUCAAAAUAUACUUCUGGCCUGAAACCGAUGAGUGCAUACAUGAAUUUAAUGCCUAUCAGGUAAAAUAACAAUGAUAAUGCGAUAGGUACUUAUUCAAACGAUCCUAUUCUAAACUAAACUAAGGGAUAGAAAUAUUCUGAAAAAUUGUAUUUAAUCUGCACACAAAAAUGUUGAAAAACCUUUUAUUUUAUUUUGAGAAAUUGCAAGUUUUGAUUAAAGGCUUUUAGAACCAGAACACCAGAGUUGGAACUUCAAAACUGCUUUACUGUACGUUAGAAAGACAGCGACGGCAAAUAAUACUGUCACUUUCUUUUUAACAGAAUACAGUUCAUUAUCAGAAUUCAUUAAUACAAUAUGUCGUAACUCAUUCACGAAAAAAUGUUACAUAUCAUUAUAUCUUUAUUUAGCAAUCAAUCAUUAGACUCGUAGGGUUAUUUUUAUUCUUUCCUAAUUUCUAAUGAAUUUUCGAGGGGAAAAUCGAAUUUCUUCGAUUAUUUUACCAAAUAUUUUUGGAAAUUUCGAAUAUUUUGAUCUCUAGUCUAAAUGUCUAUGUAUUAUAAAAGUUUGAACCGUAUAAAAUACCCGACGAUUUCUUCCUAUAACAAUUUUUUUUUUAUUUAUUUCAGAUUACUAUGGAGCUUCACUUAUGUCAUAUUGAUCUAUUAUACACCGGCGUUAAUUAAUACAAACGGAGUCGUAGACGUGCCCAUAUAUUAUUACGUGAUAUUGGGACUUAUUUGUACAGUGCACGAGGUUAGUCAACAAAAAUACCGUAUUGUGAUAUAAUGUGUGUGCUUAAAGUUUAUUUUAUUUGUGUUAAUACGUUAUACAUUAAAACGAAAUGUAUCUCUCACGUCGAUUACUAUUCCAGUGGCCGAGAAGGGUGCGAUAAAAAAACUCGUAGGUAUAACGUUUUGAUUUAGUAUAUAAAGAUAACCCUAAUCAAUUAAACUUCAAAUUAAAUCAAAAAUUCGCAUCCAAAUCAGUCAAAUAUAUUGAUAAAUCAUUGAUGGACCUAUUGAAAAUUAACUACGUACAAACGAAUUAUGAAAUCGAACGAUAUCGUAUUCAUAAUCACUACGGGUUAUUAAUCGAUUUAAAAAAAAUCUAUUUAAUUAACAAAUUUAUUGUGGAUAGCUCGGGGUUAGUCUAACCGAAAUUAAUGAUUCUGAUUUAUCAAAUGUCAGUGUAGAGUGUCAUUUUAUGAAUGACAGUGUAGAGUGUUAUUAAUAAAAGGAAUUCUAAUAAGCGUUAACUCGAGUUGAGUUUUCAAACUCACUUAUAGUAAUACACAAGUUAUACACAAUUUGAAAAACUAGACAUUUAUAUUAAUAACAUUUUCGGUAUACUUUUAAAAAUUUAAUAUUAUUUUAUUCCAAAAAUAAAAUUCAUAAAACAUACAAAAGCUUAUAAUGUAUUUACGUAUUAUUGUAAAAUUAAAAAUGUAACGAUAUUUUUUAUUAAUUCUCCAGAAAAAAAAAUCGAAUUUUUAAAUAAUAUAUGUUUUAUUGUUUUCUGGUUUUUAGAUACUGUCUUUCACAAUGUUCAUUUUUACAAUAGGGUUUUUCUCCCGGAUAUCCGACAAACGUUUCGGCGGCACUUACAUGACCAUGCUGACAACGAUAGCCAAUUUUGGAUGGGCAGUAUCAAACACUAUUGCCCUUAGAAUGAUUGACGUAUUAACGUUUAGUAAAUGUUCAAAUGAUGUUAGUAACAAUUGUUCUACGCCCGAUUUAAAAACCGUAAGACUUUUAUUUACUUGUAAUAUUUGUAUCCAGUGAAUCAUAAUUGAAAACCGAUAAGCUUACAAAUACAUUGCCAUUUACUAUUUAAUAGUAUAAAAUAGUCGGUUCUAACUCACUGAUCUUAAUGCUCAUCCGUAGACUAUGAAACACUCGAAUGUGUUUUUUGGCAUACCAUAACCUUAGUUUUUUGCCAUUUUAUCCUCAGGUCAUAUUCUUCAAUGUAUUUCUGCAUCUACAAUUCUUUUUGGUUUUUGUUUAUUGAGACAGUAUAAUUUAUGAAUCUGAGGUAUACAUUAGAACAUUAUAAAAACAAGAGUUAUUAUAGAUUCGGAGCGUUGGUUUUACAAUGACUUUUUUUUUUUUAUGCUGUGUACAAAACGUUUUAGAUAUCUUACACCGAUGUAACAAGUGUAACAUCUUUGAAAGAAAUUUUAUCUAGUUGGUAAUUUAAAGCGGUCAGUUUUCCAAAUGGUUUUCAUAAUAAUUGAGAAAAAAUGUAGGGAUAAACGGACAAAUAUUUACGACGUAACGAUUUCUCUUUUUUAAAAUUUUUGUAACUUCGUUUUCUAACCGAAAUACUGGUCCAACAGAAAAACAACACAAGCUCUUUUUUUUUUGUUGCAUAUUAUAUCUAAUUGCUCACGAAGAAAGUUAUCAUAUAAUUUUCCAGAUAUCAUAAUAAUUAAAAAAAACCAAAAAAAGAUAAAAAAUUAAAACUGAUAAAUUUAUCACGUCGUAAAUUUGUGUAGCUUAAUAUGAUUUGUGCCAGAAAUAUUAAUCCAUUAUUUUUGAAUUUUUAUGUUGUUGGUGUUUAAGAAAGUCGUUUUUUGAUUUUCUAUGUAGUUUUUUUUUUAAUAACUGAGCAAAACCGAAAAAAAAACAUAGAAAGAAUUGGGAAAUUUACAGAAAUAAUGGUUUUAUUAUUUUCAGUUUUAUUUUUUUGUUUUACCUAAUUUAGUUAAACAUAUUUGUGGAGAUUUGAAAUUUAAACAGAAAUCUUAUAUUUUAUUUUCUUUGAUGUUGUAACAUUUUCAAAACCUUUGAGCUAUUUUUGAGCUAAUUAUAGACAUUUUAAUUUUUCAAGUUUUUUAAGUAAUUUUUAUUCGGAAGGUGUUGAAAUAUUCGAAAAUUCAACAUUAUAAAUUGUACUUUGUGAUAAAAAUAAAUGAGUGAUGCAAUUUUUUUUUUAUAAAAAUUUGAAUAUCAAAUUUUGCCGAAAAUAAAUAUUGCGCCUUUCAAAACAUGUAUAAACAAACUUCACUUUGCAAUAGUUUAUUAUUAGUUACGGAUAUGAAUUAAUGUAUCCUAUCUUUUGACUUUCACUCCUAUGAUAGUAAUACACCCAUCCCCAGUAACAACUUUUUUUUUUCAUAUUUUUAAAUUUUUUUUUGUCAAAUAUUAUUAAAUUGUCUUGUAGACAUCUGAUUAAAAUUAAAAACGUUGAUUAAUUAUUAAUCUGUAUACGGUUUUAUAAGAACUCAAUUAUUCAUAACAUGAACGAGGGACAGGGGACCAGAAUUCCGGAGAAUUUUACUAUAAUAUAUUCUUUGGUAAUACUAUAAUUUAUUUAUUUUUUAACGUUUUUGAAUAUUCGUUUAGGUGUGCCAAACAAAUAGAGGUGAAUGUGUAACAGCAAUAAACGGUUACUAUUUAGAAGUGAUCCUGUGCGUGACAAUUGGAUUUGUUUGGUAUUAUAUUUAUAAGGGAAUCGUACGUGAUCUUCAGUCUAUGAAUCCAUCCAAUUGGCUGGUGAACAUUCCUAGACCUAACAUGAAACGUGAUGAAAAUAAUAUUAUUACGAGAUAAUAUCAUUAUUUACCUCCUAUUAUUUAAAAAUCAAAAUAAAAAACUUUGCACCUAAACGAGUUUAUAUAAAUUUUACUUCAUGGGAAAGUGGACUUAAUAAUAACUUAACGAGUUCAAGUGAGUUAAAAGUUCUUAGCUAGGUUAAUUUAUACUUAAAACUUUUUUUAUGUUUAUCAAUACAACUUGUUUUAGAUUCUGAGUGGAAUAUAUUGGUUUUACAAUGACAUUUUUUAUUUUUUUUCUGUGAACAACUUUUCUACCAGAAAUUUUGUUCCGAUUUUCAAGUGUAGCACUUUUCCUGAAAUGGAAUUUAACUGGGGUGGUAUUUUAAAGAGGUUAUUUUUAAUUUAUCAGUAUUUUUAUAAUGAGUGGAAAAAAUCGAGAAAAAACGUAGGAAAACGGCAAAUUUACGAAAUAGAUUAUUUUAAAAUCGUAAAUACUAUGGCGUAAUAAAUAAUAAUACUACGGGUACUUUAAAAUUAUUUGUAACCAAACUUCGCUCAGAAUCGUUUUUUGUUAGCAAUGAUUAAUCUAUGCAUACAGAUAUAUAUUAAAUUUUCUCUCCACCUUUCCAACUUCUCACAAACAUUAGUGGCCCACCUAUCGUAACAUUAUGUGAAAUAUGUCCGUUUGUUAAAAUAAUGCAAAACAGCAUUAUUUUAAACGUUAAGUUAAUUUGAAAUUCUUAAACUUCAAUACAUUAUUAAAUUUGCAAUUUGUACACCAUUUGAAUAUAAUAUAUUAUAUUAUUCAACACUAUUUUAAUACUGUUGUCAAGUUUAAAAUGUGUAUAAUUUAAUUUUUCUGAAAUCA